AGUCUCCGUCUGGAACCCGGCGUGGUCAGAGCUUGAAUUGAACAGUGCAGUUUUGGACUCAACUUCCUGAACUUCGGAUGCAUCAGAAGCGCUUCAAUAAAUAAAGUUUUAAUCAAAUUAUAUCCGUAUAGAACUUCGUGCGUACAUAAUUAAUACUUGAAGGUGUUUACUUGCACUAUAUCUUCAAUAGAUUGAUAGUACAUAGCCAUAAGUAAUGGAAUUCGACGAGCCGGCGUGGGAUGAAUCGUCUGCUGAAGAGGAUGAACUGCGCGAGGAGUGCGGCGUGUUCGGGUGCGUGCUGGCAGAGGACGCGCCUCUAGACCCCCAAGACCCCUACGUCUCCCAGACCAUUGCUCUGGGUCUGCACUCCCUCCAGCACAGGGGCCAGCAGAGCGCUGGGAUCGUGACGACCACAGGAGAAGCGUUCCAAGACUUCAAGCUGCACCGGGGCGCGGGCUACGUCAACAAAGUCUUCACUGAGGAGCAAGUCUACAAGCUCACGGGCCGCUUAGGUAUCGGGCACAACCGCUACGCCACAACGGGCGGCAAUGACGUCAGCAAUUUCCAACCGUUCGUUGGACACAACAAACACGGGCCGUUUGCACUCGCCCAUAACGGGCAGCUCAUCAACGCUGACUCACUCAAGGACCUGUUAUUCGAUCGAGGUCUGAGUCUGACGACUCGUUCGGACUCGGAGCUGAUCACUCAGGUCAUCUCGUUGAACCCCACACACGGAGAACAGGAUGGACCUGACUGGAGGACAAGGAUCAGGUUCCUCAUGAGGCAGACGCCAACGUCCUACAGCCUCGCCCUCAUGAACAGAGAUAAAAUAUACGCAGUCAGGGAUCCUCUGGGCAACAGACCGCUGUGUGUUGGUGAACUCCGGUCCAGCGAGAGUGAGCCGGAGUCGAAGCUGCUUGGCUGGAUAGUGAGCUCAGAAUCCUGCGCCUUCCCACCCGUGGGGGCUCGCUAUCUCAGAGAGAUCCUUCCAGGAGAAAUACUUGAGAUAAGUCCCAAAGGACUGAAACGACUGGACAUUGUCCAUCGUCCAAGAAUUUACCGGCCUCGAGCUACCAUCACUCUAGAGUACGAAGAUUCCGACGUUAAUCAGCAAGCAUCCCUCCAGAACUUAGAUACUCAUGCGGGAGUAGCUCCUCCAUGCUGCAGUCCAAAUGCAACAGGAUGUCGUUCGGCAAAGGCUCGAGUUUUGUAUGUUAAUUCUACAAUGGAGCCUAAAAACCUUUCUUUGAAUUCAAACGAACCAAAAACCAUGAACGAAAGUGGGAACGAGCCAAAACUCUCAUCAGGGGACGGCACAAGUGAAGGCCUCUUCGUUGGAAUGCCUAUGGAAGAGGAUAUGGUCAAAAACAUAAGUGUCAGUGAUUAUAGCUCAGAAGAAGACAUUCCCGCAGUUGCCAGCGUAAGUCUAAGUCCUGUUUUGUUGCAGGAGAAAGAUGGAAAUUUAAAUGAUCAGUUCGAGCGUAGUGAAGAUAAGAAAUCAUUGCCAGUGUCGGCCGAAGACUCAACUGGCGACUCGCAAUCCUCCGAUGACAGUAUUGUAGAGGUAAGCAGCCCGCUUACUGCCCGAAGUGUGUCUUCUACGAGCUCCUCUUCAUCGUCCAGCGACGAGUUGUCGCCAAAUGGCACGACCAAGAGACGUUGUUCUGCGACUAAGAAGUGCACUGCACCCGUCGCAUUCUGCAUUUUUGAAUACGUCUACUUCGCUCGCCCUGACUCCAUCUUCGAAGGUCACUCGGUGUACGACGUAAGGUACAAGACAGGCGAGCUCCUGGCACUCGAACAUCCCGUGGAGGCAGACUUCGUAUGCUGCGUUCCUACCACAGCCUCUGUGGCUGCUAAAGGUUUCGCCAGUAAAAGCGGGUUGCCCUACCAGGACUUGCUGUACCGAAGUCACUUCGUCGGACGCUCGUUCAUUGAGUCCGACCAGAACACCCGUAAGCGGACGGUGCUGCGUAAGUUCUCUCUCUACUCUGAGAACUUCGUGCGAGGCAAGCGCGUUGUGCUCGUGGACGACUCCCUCGUACGAGGCACCACCAUAGAACCCAUAGUCGAGAUGAUCAAAAACGCCGGCGCUCUUGAGGUGCACUUCCGAGUCGCCUCUCCACCCAUCCGCCACCCGUGCUACAUGGGCAUCAACAUCCCGACCCGUGAGGAGCUCGCAGCCAACCGAGCGCCUUUGGAUCUUCUGGCAUCCAAGUGGAAUUUGGACAGCCUGAAGUACCUGAGUUUGGAGGGACUGCACGCUGCCGUUAACGACGGAAUUGUGCUUGAAGAGAACAGAACCGUAGGCCACUGCACGGCCUGCCUUGACGGCAUUUAUCCUGUUGAGCUAGACUGGUAAUAACUUAGAAUAUAUUUCAGACUGACGAAGCUGGAAUCAAUCGGUUCCUAUUAGUACUCUCCGAACUUUUGUUAACCCCAUAGAAUGCUUUAGUUUUGGGAGGAGACGCUUGUUCAAAAAUCUGGAUUGCGUACAGUUUCAUAUUGGUUAUUACAUGAAAUUACUUGAUUUUCACGUGAUACGCCGACAAAUUAAGAAACUCUCCUGCAGCUACGUUCAGCAAUUUUGGUGUGUGCAAGCGACCCUUCGAUCCACAGUUUCUCUUCGACCGCAAUAAAUUUAAAUGAAUUCUCUAGAAUUUUUCAAAUAUGAAUCACGAUGAAGUAUUAUAAUCUCAUUCUUACAGUUAUUGAUGGAUGAAACAUGUUUUUAGAGAAUAACGAUCGUCGCUCGUUGAACUUUUUUUUUUGUCGAUGUAAUCGAAUUGAUUCCCAUGAUAAAUUAUUUCCUUCAGCUUAUCAUUUGUAUCAAGUUUUUGAAGUUUUGGGUUAAUAAAAUUUGUUUCAA